CAGAGUGAAAACUGCAAAACAUGUCUGAAUUAUCUAAUUCUGCAGAAGUUAAUUUUGAGUCUUACCCUCCUAUCUUUCGCCGGCUGCCGGAGAGCCAGACCCAGAACUUAGACACCGCGGUUGCUGAUGCUAUCAACAAUGUCGACAUCCCAGAUUCCGACCCCAUACCUGUCAUCGAUCUCCAAUGCUUAAACCUUGACAGUCUCGGAGAAGCUUGCAGAAAUUGGGGUCUUUUUCGUUUAGUCAACCAUGGGAUUCCUCCUGCUCUUUUGAGCCAGCUUCAAGACCAUGCCAGCAAGCUUUUUUCGCUUUCAUUCGAAUUCAAGCAGAGCCUCUUUAGCAGCCCUUUGUCGUACUUUUGGGGCACCCCUGCCCUUACUCCAUCGGGUGCAGCCCUACUGAGAGGCCCCCAGAAGAGUAUUAGCUGGGUUGAAGGGUUCAAUGUUCCUCUUGGUAGUCCACUCUCGCAGCUGGAACCUGAAGAUCCCGUACUUGCUUCUUUCAGAUUGCUGCUAGAAGAAUAUGGAAAGCAUCUGGCUAGACUUGCUACCAAAAUAUUUGAGGCAAUGGUGAUGAAACUCAGUCUGAAUUUAGAAGAAGUCAAGUCCAAUCUAUCGGAAUCCACAGGAUAUGUACGUAUUUACCGCUACCCACUACACUCCAUGGCUAACUCUACAUGGGGCCUCGACGCGCACACAGAUAGCUCAGUGUUGUCCAUUUUGAGCCAAUACGAAGUGGGUGGACUUGAAGUCCUCAAAGACAGUAAAUGGCUCCAAGUUAAACCUUUGUCCAACACUCUACUCGUCAAUCUUGGAGAUAUGAUGCAGGCAAUAAGCAACGACGAGUACAAGAGUGUGGAGCACAGGGUCAAGCUAAAUAAACAGAAAGAGAGGAUCUCAAUCUGCUACUUUGUGUUCCCAGAUGAAGGCAGUGUGAUUCGGAGUUCCAAGUACAAGCCCUUUACAUACACUGAUUUCCGAGCACGAGUGCAAGAAGAAUUGAAGACCCUUGGGUUUAAAGUUGGGCUUAGAAAUUUCAAGCUUACUCAGGCCUCUUAAGCCCAUUGGACUUGCAAAUAAUGCUCUAUAGGACUUGCAAAAUAUAGUUUCUUUUCUUUUUGUUUUUGGAUAACAUGCAUAUGAAGGUUUUUCUAGUUUGAGU